AUGGGGGUAGGAAGGGAGUGGUGUCUUGAAAAGGUGGAGGAGGAUGCGGCAGCUCCCUCCCCAGACAAGCCUACAGUAGGAAUCCGUUCCUCCUGUGACCGCCACCUGCUGGCUGCCUCCCAGAACCGCAUAGUGGAUGGAGCUGUGUUUGCUGUUCUCAAGGCUGUGUUUGUACUUGGGGAUGCGGAACUGAAGGGUUCGGGCUUCACUGUGACAGGAGGAACAGAAGAACUUCCAGAGGAGGAGGGAGGAGGUGGCAGUGGCGGUCGGAGGCAGGGUGGCCGCAACAUCUCUGUGGAGACAGCCAGUCUGGAUGUCUACGCCAAGUACGUGCUACGCAGCAUCUGCCAACAGGAAUGGGUAGGAGAGCGUUGCCUUAAAUCACUGUGUGAGGACAGCAACGACCUGCAAGACCCAGUGUUGAGUAGCGCCCAGGCCCAGCGCCUCAUGCAGCUCAUCUGCUACCCAUAUCGAUUGCUGGACAACGAGGAUGGGGAAAACCCCCAGCGGCAGCGCAUUAAGCGCAUUCUCCAGAACUUGGACCAGUGGACCAUGCGCCAGUCUUCUUUGGAGCUGCAGCUCAUGAUCAAGCAGACCCCUAACAAUGAGAUGAACUCCCUCUUAGAGAACAUCGCCAAGGCCACAAUCGAGGUUUUCCAGCAGUCAGCGGAGACGGGGUCAUCUUCUGGAAGCGCUGCCAGCAACAUGCCCAGCAGCAGCAAGACCAAGCCAGUGCUCAGCUCUCUAGAGCGCUCUGGUGUGUGGCUGGUGGCCCCCCUCAUUGCUAAACUGCCCACCUCAGUCCAGGGGCAUGUGUUAAAGGCGGCUGGGGAGGAACUGGAGAAGGGCCAGCACCUGGGUUCCUCUUCCCGCAAAGAACGGGACCGACAAAAGCAGAAGAGCAUGUCCCUGUUGAGCCAGCAGCCAUUCUUAUCCCUGGUGCUGACGUGUCUGAAAGGGCAGGAUGAGCAGCGUGAGGGCCUUCUCACCUCCCUCUACAGCCAGGUGCACCAGAUUGUGAAUAACUGGCGUGACAACCAGUACUUAGAUGACUGCAAACCAAAGCAGCUCAUGCACGAGGCUCUCAAGCUGCGGCUCAACCUGGUGGGGGGCAUGUUUGACACGGUGCAGCGCAGCACCCAGCAGACCACCGAGUGGGCCAUGCUCCUCCUGGAGAUCAUCAUCAGCGGCACCGUUGACAUGCAGUCCAACAACGAGCUCUUCACCACUGUGCUGGACAUGCUGAGCGUGCUCAUCAAUGGGACCCUGGCCGCGGACAUGUCUAGCAUCUCUCAGGGCAGCAUGGAGGAGAAUAAGCGUGCCUACAUGAACCUGGUGAAGAAGCUGCGGAAGGAGCUGGGGGAGCGUCAGUCAGACAGUCUGGAAAAAGUUCUCCAGCUGCUGCCACUGCCCAAGCCGACCCGAGAUGUCAUCACAUGUGAGCCACAGGGCUCCCUCAUUGACACCAAGGGCAACAAGAUUGCAGGCUUCGAUUCCAUCUUCAAGAAGGAGGGUCUGCAGGUUUCCACCAAACAAAAGAUCUCUCCCUGGGAUCUUUUCGAGGGCUUGAAGCCAUCCGCACCACUCUCUUGGGGCUGGUUUGGAACAGUCCGGGUCGACCGGCGAGUGGCCCGAGGAGAGGAACAACAGCGAUUGCUGCUCUAUCACACGCACCUGCGGCCCCGGCCCCGGGCCUAUUACCUGGAGCCGCUCCCGCUGCCCCCAGAAGAUGAGGAGCCCCCUGCUCCCACCCUGCUAGAGCCCGAGAAAAAGGCUCCAGAGCCCCCCAAAGCUGACAAACCUGGGGCCGCUCCACCCAGUACUGAGGAGCGCAAGAAGAAGUCCACCAAGGGCAAGAAACGCAGCCAGCCAGCCACCAAGACAGAGGACUAUGGAAUGGGCCCGGGCAGGAGCGGCCCCUAUGGCGUGACAGUGCCUCCAGACCUCCUGCACCACGCUAACCCCGGUUCCAUAUCCCAUCUUAGCUACAGGCAGGGCUCCAUAGGCCUGUACACCCAGAACCAGCCACUACCUGCAGGGGGCCCUCGCGUGGACCCGUACCGCCCCGUGCGGUUACCGAUGCAGAAGCUGCCCACCCGACCACCUUACCCUGGAGUGCUGCCCACGACCAUGACUGGAGUCAUGGGACUAGAACCUUCCUCCUACAAGACCUCCGUGUACCGACAGCAGCAGCCCGCGGUGCCCCAAGGACAGCGCCUUCGCCAACAGCUCCAGGCAAAGAUACAGAGUCAGGGGAUGUUGGGACAGUCAUCUGUCCAUCAGAUGACUCCCAGCUCUUCCUACGGUUUGCAGACCUCCCAGGGCUAUACUCCUUAUGUUUCUCAUGUGGGAUUGCAGCAACACACAGGCCCUGCAGAUCCUACUCGCCACCUGCAACAGCGGCCCAGUGGCUAUGUGCACCAGCAGGCCCCAACCUACGGACAUGGGCUGGCCUCCACUCAAAGGUACCCAAGGCAUCUGGGGGGGCUAUGAAGACAUGCUGGGCUGCGAGGGCGCAUCUGGUGGGGGAAAACCCAUGCCAGGAGGUGAUGGGACUAGUCAGAACUUUUGGAGAAGUGAAGAACGCUUAGCUGGCCACAAGAUGCCAGAGCCGGGAGGGACCCUGGUGACCGGUAGUCUUCCGUCUGCUUGCCUGACGUUUCUUCGAGGCCCAGAGAGGGGAAAAUCACUCCUACAGCUAAGCU